GCUGAUGGUGGUGAAGCUGAUAAGGUUGCUACAGAAUCCUUGGCAGAGCAGUUCAGGGAGCUUGCAAAUUGCGACAAUGAUGAGGUCUUGUGUUGGAUACAGCAAGCAGCAGAAGACAUUCCAAUCGGCGACCGCUUGAUUGCACAGGUGGUUGCAGCUUUGAAUGCUACCGGAGUCGGGGGCAAUAACUUGGUCGAUACGAGCCUCGAGAAGCUCACGAACGUUUACCAAAUCAAGCCAGGGCCAGCUGAGAACAUACUGCAAUACAUCACAAAGCUCAAGGCCGCCGCCGCCGUUGAAGAUGCCAAGAAGAAGCUUGAAGAUGCAAGCGCUCAUGAGGCCCGGGGGGCUUGGGAGUGUAGCCGGAUGUCCAUAGCACGGGUUGCUCCGGCACAGGAUCGGAUCACGAUUGUCGGCCGCGGCCUCGGAGCUGUGGGAAAGUUGGCCAGAUGUGGCGGGGACGGCGCUGGCAGGUGCUAUGCUGUUGGCGCUGGUCGAGAUGAAGACAAAGGAUGCGAUGAGAUCAGCUCUGGAGGUUCCAGUUGUCCAAUCGGUUGCUGGGCCGCACACUUUAUGUCCUUGCCAAUCGCGGUGUUGAAGGCAGCGCUGGACGCAACCAAGAACGAUGUGAACAGCUACGAGCCAAAGCAAGUAGCUGCAUGGAUUACAGCAAACCUGGCUUCUGCCAAGUACGACGAUUCUGAUAUCCAACAGGCACUUCGGAAGCUGGCCGGGAUGAAUGGUAACCAGGUGCUCACAGUCACGCAAGAUCAGCUCAAGAAAAACUACAAGCUAGAGGUUGCGAAGGCUGAGUUCCUGGUCGACGCAGUUCAAGGCUUAAACGACCCUUCGGCGUUGACCUUUGCAGACCUUGCCAAAAACGCCAGCUAUGCCGCUUACAUAUAUCACGGCGUUUGGGUAUACGACCUGCUGACACGGCUUGCUUGCGGGUACGUCCCUGAUGCGCAGCACCUCGGCAACGUCUCUUUUGAAACGGAUCAAGGAAAACGAUGCAUUCCUGUUUUUUACGGAGAAAGCGGUAGUGGCAAAACUGUUCAAGCGCUGUUCGCAACAGCCCGCAUUAUGUCCCAGACCGGAAAUGCCACUGUCCGCGUGUUUGGCUGCAGUGUACCAGAUAGCCACGAAGGUCUCCUCGAACAAAUCAAGGAAGCCAAUGCUGAGAACAACACAAGCCGGCGUGGUGAGUUGUGCAAACAAUUUGUUUUGGAUAAAUUCAAGGAACGGGUCAGGCAUGCGUUUCCUCAUCACAAAGAGUUAACUGAAGAAUGGCUGGAAAAUGCGUCGCGAGACACCGACGCUCUCGGCUCUGUAGUACUUGUGAUCGAUGAAAUCACGAAAUGUCCAGAGCUGGCACCGGGUAUUGUCGCGCAGCAAGAGGAUAUCUACUCGGGCCUCGGCGAAUAUUGCGAACGAGCGCAACUGAUUCUGGCAGGCACGUCCGCAGCACGUAUUCUUGAAUCGGGGCAAUCUGCUGCAUUCUCUUCCGACCCAGAGAAGGUUCAUCUAGUUGAAGUUGGGCCAGUUCAAGAAGGGACAGGGAACGACUCCUAUCUGCAGCAAUUGCUGAACCAAGUCAUGCCUGGCGGGAAGGUCUCCCUGGCGGAUCUACAGCGUGUCAAGUUCCUGGCGCCGUACCUGUCAAACGCCCGGACUGCCAUGCUUCUAGUUGACGAAGUAAAGAGGCAUGUAGAGCCGUCAGCGGCGAUCAAUCGUGAGGACGCAUACCGCAUUUGGAAGCGGUUCCCCUGGAUUCCUGGCUGCUUCGUGCCGUUAAGGUACAGAUCAUUGAAUGGCUUGUCGCGCCUGACAACCCCCGAGCAGAGAGAGCUUGUGGCAAGGAACGCGCUUGCGAUGCUCAUGCAUCUAGCCGUUGCAGGCUUAGGCUGCAGGCCAACUGCGGCUGAUGCAAUGGAUUGCAUUGACUUGGGCCUUUGCAUGCCUUCAAGCUACAGCAAGUUCCUGGAAAUUUAUGAGCGGGAUCCCCACAGCAAAAACUACUCCUUGCAAGUUACCUUUGCAUCUUCGCCCGCUUUGAAACAAAUGCUGCUUGCAGCGUUUGACGUGCCAAAGAUCAUUCCUCAAGACGGAGACUCGUUUGAAGACCUCAUUGCAGAAGCUGAGAGGCGCAGCGCUGAGGUUGUGACAGGCAGGAGAGCCAUCCUUAUACAUUUGGACAGACCUUUGCCUCCACCGCAAAAUCAGAAAAAGAUGGAGGGCAUUCCCCAAGACCAGUUUCUGGAGAUCCUGUCAGCUCUGGCCGGGAACGAGACUGUGGUGCUGAAGAAUGGGCCAAGUGCUCAGGGAGCCGACAUACUUGUUCUUCGCCGCGGCAAGAGGCCUCUUGUUCGCCUGAUCCAAGCAAAAAACACGAAAGCAGCGAAUGAGAUUCUUCCAGUAGUUGCCACUUUGGGCGCGACGUGUAGGAAUGAGACUAAGAAAUUGGAUGCCAAGGAUCGCUCCCAGCUUGUGCUUGAAUACUUCUGCCGCUUGGUACAUGAGGGAGUGACCCCUCAAGACCAAGACCUGCAACGUAGGUAUGGGCUGCUGUGUCAGUCGAGACAGAAGGUCUUUCGCAUGAACGUCAAGGUCCAGAUGAUUCUUUGGGAAAGUGCACGGCCUCGAAAUCUCUCAAGAAACUUCCAAGUGAUUCGGCCACGGUUCUUGUUGAAGCAAAUCAAUGUCCAGCUACGAAGCUUGCAGCACCUGGCUCCUUUUCCGACAGAUGUGAAGGCCCAGCGUGCAAACGCUAGCUACAUGACAUGUACAUUUAAACAAUAG